AUGAGGUCACAUAGGAAGGUUGGGAAGUCGGACUUACAUCAGGCAAUAGUUAUGCAACAAGCUUGCAUAAGACCAAGUCACAUAAUGAGGCUACUUGUUGUACAGGCUGGAGGCUAUCAUAACUUAGGAUUCCAUGUAACAAAUAUGUACAAUGAGCUAAAUCGGCAAAGGCAAAUAGCAGUUGCUCAUGGGGAUGGUGAAUCAGCAAUCGCAUUCUUGUCAGGCAAGCAAGGUGGUGAUCUCAAUUUAUAUUUCAAAUAUGCAGUAGAUGGCCAUGGCCAUCUGAAUCGGCUGCUUUGGGCUGAUUCAGUGUCUAGAGAUGACUAUAGAUGUUUUGGUGACGUGUUUGUGUUUGACAGCACCUAUAAUACCAACCACUACAAAUUUCCAUUGAUUGUCCUACAUGGGGUGAACAAUCACUACUCAACAUGCAUAUUUGCCUGUGCUCUGAUAGUUCGUGAAGGAGAUGAGGGAUAUGAUUGGGUAAUCAGUACAUUCUUGGAAGCAAUGGACGGAAGGAAACCAAUAGUAGUUGUAACUGAUAGGGACAAGUCUAUGCAAAAGUUCAUUAAAAAAUUCAUGCCGACGGCUAAGCAUAGACUUUGCAACUUCCAUUUGCAGAUGAAUGCAUCCACAAAUAUAAGAGAUAAAGGCUUCCUGGAGCCGUUCAAGACAUACAUGUUUAUGAAUUAUACACCGGACAAGUUUGAAACGAGGUGGGCAAAGGUUGUUAGUCGUUUUGGGUUUGAAGAUAACGAAUGGGUUCAGAAGAUGCACUGGAAGAGGGAGUUAUGA